UGCCUUGAAAGCAUCAGGAAGAGAACGUUCGCCAGUCUCCAGGAGCGCUCGCGUGUCCUUGACCUGCUGUGCCACGCCCUGUCCUCCGUGCUGCGGCCGGAGAAGGACGUCCUGUCGCUCAAGCCCAACCGCAGCCAGGUGGAGGGGAGGGUCUCCAUGGUGGACCCGGGCAGGAUGGGUGCGGGCAGGGCCGACCCGCUGGGUCCGUACACGCCGGAGGUGGACACGCUGCUAGGUGACGCCACCGACGCUCGCAACCAGUCGGCGUACCUGCGGCGGGAGCUGCGUGCGGUCAUCGACCGAGUGGACAAGCUCAAGCAGGCUGCGCACAAGUCGGUUAACGAGGGACUCACCCAGAAGGUCGCCGAGACCGUCACGCUGAAGCAACAUUUGAACCUGGGGAUCGGGGAGAACCGACACGCCCUCCAUCGGGCCCAGCGCUGGUACGACAACACGGAGCGGGCAUUUGGCUACACGCUCGGCCCCGUGUCGUAUUCCGACCUGUCCACGAGGGAACAUCUCGACCGGCCACUGGUUCGAGUCUUCCAGAGACACCCCGGCACCCAGCUCCCGGAGACCCAGGAAAUCAUCAAGUCCGGCGACGGGAUGCUGCAGUCUCUGACCGCCACCAGCAGGAACAUUGGGAUGUUGAGGAUAGCGGACCGCAAGCUGCGCGAUGACAAACGCAGCAAGAGCGCUGCCUCCAACAUCGACAGCAGCGUCAUCCGCAUGAGGCGCCAGAAGUCGGACCGCCGCUGGUGUUUAGGCACAGCGUUCUGAGCGCCAGGAUUUUCUCACUCCCCCCCUGAGGGAGUCUUUUCUUACAAUGUCAGUUUUGUGGUUAGCUCCACAUCCCGUGGAAGUAGCGUUCAUGAACUAGGAAUCAAAUUUCUUGCUGCUGCAUUUUUGUGAAUGUUGUGUGUGUUGUCCUUAUUUUGUACGUCUCUUCGUUUGAAGAUUACUAUUAGCUUAUAGUCUCAGCACCGUAUUUUCACAAUUCGUACGUUCCUCACAACAGGCAUUCUACUACGCCACACAUCCUGUAUUGCCAGACUUGUGUCAAUUUAUUCAGAUCAAAUUCACGACAAUUAUUCAUUUAUAUAUAAGGCUUUUUUGUGAGGGGGGUUAGGUCAUUAAAAAAUAUAGGUCGACGAUCACUUUCUGACCUGCUUUCAUAGCCGCAUCUCAAGACUAAAUAAAGACAAUAUUAAUAAGAAGUCGGAAGAAAUAAAAAUGUAAAAUAAAAAAGUGUUAGCUAUAAAUAGAUGAAAAAUCAAACAGCUGAUGUUUUCCGUCAAAAACUUGCCUUAUCGUCAUUGUGUUUUUGUGCGGAAGUUUGUUAGCCUCUGACAUUUGUGAAAACUCCAGUAGAUAUGCUUUGACACGGUGCUUAAAAUGCUGUGGUUUGUACGAUGUAUAUCUUUAGACUCUACUUGGUCUGCUCUUGUAGAUUUGAUUUGUUUGUUUAUGUCCAAAUUCUUAUGGACCAUCUUUGCGCCAGUACUUGCUCUGUCCCCUGUCCUCGUGGCCUUCUAGAAUCCAAUCCUUUUUUUUUCUCUACUGCAUGAUAAUACCUGUGAUUUGUUCCAACAAAAGAGUGGACAUUAUUUUUAAAAAACCUGAUGUCUCCUUUCUUUGUUCAUUUUCUUGUCUUCUUUAGAAGCAUUGCACUUAUAGGUGAAGACAUGAGUUAUAACAAGAAAUAGAGAGAAAGUGUUACAGAAAAGUGUUGUGUAGUGUUGUACUGAAGUUUUCUAUGCCUGAGUUGUCCUUAACAAAGUUUUCCUUCCUUUUCCCUCAGCAGGAUAAGCAAGUGUUUCCUUGCCAGGGAAUGAACAUAUCUAUUAAAACAAAUCCCUUUUGAAGAGCAAAAAGAGUGA